GGUGGAUUUCGCUCUGUGCCCGCUCUUCUAGAACGUCUAGACCCUCACGACGUCUUGGACUUUGCUUGCUCGCCAUCACGGCGAGAAGGAGGGGAAACAAAAAAGAGAAGACGCGCUUUCCAUCACCCCGGCGCACGGGCAGUGGCUGCUCUUUCGUCAUGUUGUCGCCGAGCGCCCACUCCAAGGACCCUUAGCUCGCCAGGGAACACAAUGACCAUCGCUGCCACCGCGUCGACACCACGGCCGCAACCACGGGCACCGUCCGCAACAGCAAAGGCACCGCUACCAGCCGCAGGAAGCGCGCUCGUCCCAUCACCACCCGCAGAUACCCGCACCGCCGCCGCCGGCUCCUCCCUCGCCGAGACGCUCUACAUCCUCGACGCAUUCAACCACCGCCACCACAACCAGCACCGCGCGACGCACUGGUGGCCCUCUUUCCGCAUCCUCCACCGCCGCCUCCGGGCCCUGUACGAUGCGCUGCUCUUCAGCACCCGGAUCCCCGUCGGUCGUCCGGCGCUGUCGAAUCCCUUGUCGUCGUCGUCGGCGGCGGCGCGCGGGCGGCUCGUCCGCCUCCGCGCCGGCUGGAUGAGGGCACAUAUCGUCCCUCGCGCAUAUGUUUCGUUCUCCCAGCUGGCGGCGGACAAUCAACAUGCUCCCUUGGGGCUACUGCUCCUCGCCGUUCUCAGCCGCGUCGACACCGUCCUGGCUACCCUCGUACCUUCCGACGACAGCGCAGCUCUUCUGGCGCCGGAGGUUAACCUGCCCCGUGCCAGUGUGACAGUCGCACACUCGAUGCCUAUGGAGACGGAGGCACCGCCUCCAGACCUAGGCGUGCCCGUAUCCCGCCAAGUCAUUCCGCAUCCUGUUGAGAAGCAUGAUAAGCACGCCUACGAGAGGUCGCCGUCUGAGUCCAAUAAGAAACGCCCGCGGGACACCACGGCCGACGUCGCAGCCACCGGCGCCUCCGGCGAACGGCGCGAGAGCAAAAAGAAGAGCAGGAAGAAGGGAAAGGACGGCAGCGAUGCCUUUGCUAGUCUCUUCGGUUCACUGGCCUGACACACGCGAGACAGGAGUCGUAUAGUCAGAAGUAUUAAUUUUGGGGGAAUUUGUCAGAUACUCAUUACAGAUAAAGAAACCAGACAAACCACAGCGAAAAAAAGCAGACUGUCGGCAGUGUACUCACGCCAGGCCCACUCGUACGUACCCGUACAAAACAAACAAUGUUUGGCUCG